CUUGGCCCUGGGACCGGGUAAACCGCAAUUUCAAGUAACGGUUCCGAGCGCAAUGAGCACGUUAGUGGAGCACAGGUCCAAUGAGUCCCUCACGGACCUGCUGUGGCAGUGCUACAAUGCGGGAGCUAAAGCGGAUCUCCUUUUUGCGCUAGCCAUGAGCGAGUUGGGAAUGCGGUUCCCUGGACUGGUUUCACUCGACCAGAUCUACGAUGUGGUGUA